AGUGCCUCUAAGCCAAUCAAAAUCAAGGAAAGUUGUCAGAUCUGACAACUGGUCAGAUAUAAAUGUUGAUGAAAAGCUCUCCUGAUCUAGCUAUGACAAACAGCAUUUCUAUGUAAAAAUAUGUCUUUUUUUGCUUGCUCGUCUAACGCGUGUACCGAGUUAUGCCCUUAAAAAUUCCAGCUAAUUAUGCCACUGGAUGAAACAAACAUGCUUUAGAUUCAAUAGCAAAAUAAAGUAGAAAAUAACGAUUGCAGUUAUGUUAGGUGAUUUUCACCUGCUAAGGUUUUUGUAUUUUUUUCAGCUUGGACCUGCAUGACAACACUGGCAACAUGAUCAACAUCAAUAUACCGAAAUUUAUUUUAGAUUAGAUUAAUACUUAGCCACCGACUUUUACGGUGAAAACCAGUCACUUCUUUAUGGUCGUGUCAAUGCCUAGUUACCACCAACCGAAAGCCAAUCAUGUGGCCGAUCGUGACACUUGACUUUUUUCGCGCCAAUAAAUACCCAUCGUCUACCGAGUCUAUAUAACUCCCAUCAAACCACCGAGAGAUUGUCAUUUUAUGUCCUACCGUAAAACCAUGCACACACGGAUGCAUGCUCCCAAUCGGAUUUUAGGCUAGGACACUUAACCAGUGUCAGGGCUGUGUGUGUGACCCUGUGUGUGUACAUAAUAUUCCAACAGCAGUUGAAGUAAUCGGAAUCCAGAUCAUAAUAAAAAGAUGAACGAACGUCAAGAGGACAUUUAUUUUGAUCAUAUCAUCAUCAAUGUGUCUGAUAAUUGUGAUUGUUGAAUUUCAAACACACCUGUGCCUCCAGAUUAGCACCUGUUAUAAUUUAUUCAAGCGGGAGAUCAAUCGACAUCUUUUAAUUAAAUAUCAGAAGGGAGAUCGUAAUAAUUGCCUUCCAGAAUCUGCAGAUUUCACUUUGAACUGUUCCUCCUGUCGUGACUCAACUGUGCCUUUCAAGUUUAGAUAUCUCAGAAUGAUUCCCUUAGAAAGGACUGUGUUCUCUGAAAUGUUCGUCUACAGAAGAUCUUAACAUGUUACGAAUCUUUAAUCGAUAAGUCAUACGACAUUUCACAAGAAAAUGCCUGGAAUGUUCUAUUGUUGAGUGAAGCUGUCAAAUCCUUAGUUUAUUCGUGAAUUGCUUCAAUAUGCAAGCUCCACGCAGUCUCUGUACAGAUCUCUUUUCCGUUUCUACAUCAUCAGAAAUUGAUAUCGUAAAAUUGCAAUCAACCGAUGACGCGCUCAGUACCUAUACGAACCUUAUCAUAUUUCUUUUCAUAAUAGAUCGUUGAGUAGCAGAGUGACGAUGGAACAAAAUAACGAAUGCCUCGUUCUUUCGGCGUGAACAUAAUGCACACCUGUUUACUUAAUUGCCAAAAGUCUGAUAAUUCAACUGCUGUAUUAAUCAAAACGGAUUUUUCGAGAAUGACUGAAAGUGUAUUUCGUAAACGAGACUAAUAUCGCAACGUAUACUAUGUGUAUCAGGAGAAUGUGCGGACACUCUGCAUGGUCAGCUUAUCAUUGAAAGAAUAGUUGGUGCGAAUUACACAGACAAGCAUGCAUCAAUUUAUUGACCGGUUACCAGGAGACAUCCCCCUGUCCUUUGCAAAAGACAUUAUCAACUGCAGUGUUAUUACUCUGAAAUGUCCAAUCGUCUUGUGAUAUUUAACAUUGAAUUUUUUCUUCUCUAAUAUUUUCUCUGCAUGGGAUCUAAAAUAAGAACGUGAUAUAGGACGUCAUCUUUGACGGAGGACAUUUUUGUUUGAGCUAUCCAAUGAUCGGGUGCCUACCUCCUCGUUUGGCAAUGGCCACUUUGCCGCGGUUUGAGACAGGACCCCUGACUGCGUCAUUCGUUCAUACCGAUGGAAAUGCACUUCAGAAAGCGGUGAGACUUGGGAAACUUCGCCUAACCCGUCUGCUUGUAGAAGGAGGAACAGAUAUACACAGUGUUGACGAUAAUGGUAGAACGGCUUUAAUCAUAGCGUGUAUGACGCACUACGAAGAUGAUAAGGAAAAUGUGACGAAGACGAAAUUGGUGAAAUACCUCUUGGAGAACAAAGCUAAUGUAAACGCCCAGGAUAAAUGUGGCCGUACGUGUUUGAUGUAUGCAUGUAUGGAACUGGGUGGAAAGGAAUUAAUAAAGCUACUUCUCACCUACGAAGCAGACCCGAGAAUAACGGAUAAAAACGGAUCAUCAGCACUGGUGUAUGCUGUCAACGCAGGGGAUGCGUCGGUGCUGUCAUCGCUUAUCAAUAACUGCAAGAACAAAGGAAAAGAAGUGAUCAUCAUAACUACAAACGAUCGUGGAAAGGAGAGAGAAACAAAACAGUAUUUAGAUGUCCCUCCUUCUCUAGCAACAAGUCCUCCACUGUAUAAAUGUAUUAGUCCAGCUCAGAUCGAGUUGAAGCCGCCAAAUUCUUUGGACAUUCCUAGUGCAACAAGUAAACUUAACGCAGAGAUAUCCUCGCCAAAGUCACAUAGAAGACGAGAGAAACAGCUAGUAGUAUUAGAUUCACCAUUAUCGCCAGAGAGCUCACCGCGGUCACCGGGUAAUUCGCCGCGCUCACAGCGGUUACAACCGUCGAAAGGACAAUCAUCGAUACAGACUCGUCGCCUUGUCAGACGGGGUAGCAUGGGCCUCUUGUACGACAAUGGGUCUAUAUCACCUACAAGAUCUCAUCCAGAUUUACCGGAAGAGUCCGAAGAGGAAGCUGCCCGAGAAAGUAGCGGAAGUGCACCUACUCUACCAGCAAACAGUAACGAUUCGUUGCACAGAUCACCGCGUUCUUUCAGACGUCCAUUGAUAAGACGGCAGAGCGCCGAUGCAUUUAAUCCCUCAUCAUUGAAUUCCGCCAAUCAUAAACUAAUCACACAUGCCUUUCAUUCACCCCAAUCAACUCCAGAGAAGAAACAAAUACCCAGAGGCGUUGGUUCUAGCCGACGUGGCUCGUUACCUGCAAUGCCACCACCUCUUAAGAAAAGUCAAACUGUUCAUGCCAUCAACGUGCCAAAGGCUUUACUUGAACUAAAAAUGUCAUCAGACUCCAAUAAUGGCAAAAAUACUAAUAGUUUAACCGAUAUUACUAAUGAAUCCAAUCUUGUACCGUUCGAAAGUGGUAAGAAAAAGCCGUUAUUGCGUCGAGGUUCUGCGCCAUUUUUACUAGAAGAUGAACUAUCCUAUACAAGACCCGGUACAUUACCGCCAUUGAACAUCAACCCACGUCCUCCAAUUCCAGACAUCGGGUCAACGACGUCAAAACCGUCACCGCGGUUAGGGCGUCACUAUGGUGGAAUAACCGCCUCGCAUGAUCGUCGAUAUUCCAUGCAAGCUGAAGAUAUCCGUCGCCUUACAGGACUGUACCAGCGAACAACCGACAUUGCAGACUCGCAAAUUGACUCUAGCGGAGACUCGGGAGCUGAAAGUAGCUGACUUUUAAUUGAAACCAGCCAAAAUAGUUUUGUCACAUUGUGAUUGAAAUGUUUUGUGUUCAUUGUUUGACAUUAUUUCUUUACUGCCUUGUAAUUAGAAAUUUUUGAUGCCUUGCUACAUGAAAUUUAUUGAAGUGCAAUAUAUGUAUGAUCUCAAACAAUAUACUUGAAAUCGUAAUCGAAGCCAGCAGUAGACAUAGUAUGUGUGUAAAACAAACCAGUGUGUGAAAUGUAUUCUAACGUAUAACGUUCUGUCAUCUUUUGCUGGUCAAAGAUCUAAAUCCAAGAACGAGUCUCGUGUAAAAUUCAGUAUUUAUUGACCUAAGUUUCAGAAAUGUCAUUGAGCUUUUAUUUUAUUACACAUCUUUCAUGCACUACAUUGUGAUUCCAUUUAAACCCCAAAGAAUUAAAUGAAUAAGAUUAUUCUACCCAGUCUCUAGAUAUUAAAAAAACAUUAAAAUAUUGUAUACGUAAUACUCUUUGAGAAGAACAAAACCACUAAAAAAUAUUUCCGUUUUGAUAUGACCCAAUUUAUUAUUUCUUUUUAUAAUUAUGGUACUUGUUCUUACGAGUACCCCCCCCCCCGCGCAUUCAUAUCGUCUUGUAUGUGCAAUAAUAUAUACCGUGCUGCAUUGAUAUUAAGAGAGUGUAUCAACCAAAAUUUUAUUGAUGGUAUCAUCGGUGCUUGUACAAUUAUUGAGUAUACGUACGUCUUAAAGAAAAAAAAGAAACCUUUGGAAUAAGAUAGCUUAUGUGAAAACAGGAAAAAUCAAAGAAACA